AUGUCCACGUUAGCUACCAUUGCUGUUCUCACUCUCACUCGUUUCCCCUCUUCCUCUUAUCAAUAUUCCAAGUGCUUAUUCACUCACACUCACAGAUUCAACCAUUUCAACACACCUAUCCUUUUUCUCUCUUCCAAAACAUCGCAUCAACGACGCCGUUUACACUACUUCAGUACCUCCGCUAAGGCUAUGUCUUCUGAUACAACCACUGCCCCUUAUGGCUCUUGGACAUCACCCAUCACUGCUGAUGUCGUCUCCGGCGCUUCCAAGAGGCUUGGUGGAACCGCGGUGGAUGGUAAUGGUCGUCUCAUUUGGCUUGAAUCACGUCCGACUGAAUCAGGACGGGCAGUUCUUGUUCUUGAGCCACAAAAUCCAGGAGGCGAGGCUGUAGAUAUUACUCCAAAGGAAUUUGGAGUGAGAACAUUGGCUCAGGAAUAUGGUGGUGGUGCUUUCACUGUUUCAGGAGAUGUUGUCUUUUUUGCAAAUUACAAGGAUCAGAGAUUAUACAAACAAUCCAUCUCUUCUCUUGAUGUGUCUCCUAUACCUCUCACUCCGGAUUAUGGUGGACCAACUGUAAGCUAUGCAGAUGGAGUAUUGGAUACACACUUUAACCGUUUUAUUGCUGUAAGGGAAGAUCGUAGGGAAAGCAAUCAAAACCCACCUACGACUAUUGUAUCUAUAUCACUUGGCAACAAGGAUGUUCAGGAACCAGAAGUACUAGUUGGUGGUAGUGAUUUCUAUGCUUUCCCACGUCUAGAUCCUAAAAGUGAGAGAAUAGCAUGGAUACAAUGGAAUCACCCCAACAUGCCAUGGGAUAAAUCAGAACUUUGGGUUGGUUAUAUUUCCGAAAAAGGAGAGAUCUACAAGAGUGUCUGUGUAGCUGGGUAUGAUCCUUCCGUUGUAGAGUCUCCGAUUGAGCCCAAGUGGUCUUCAGAUGGGGAGCUUUUUUUCAUCACAGAUAGGGAAAGUGGCUUCUGGAAUCUCCAUAAAUGGAUUGAGUCCGAAAAUAAGGUCGUGCCUAUUUAUUCUUUAGAUGCCGAGUUUUCAAGGCCACUAUGGAUUUUCGGUAUGAAUUCUUAUGAGUUUGUGCAAAGUCCUAAACAGAAUAAGUUAAUUGCUUGCAGUUACAGGCAGAAAGGGAAAUCGUAUCUCGGUCUUAUUGAUGAUGUUCCAGGCUCAAAACUAACUGUGCUCGAUAUCCCUUUCACAGAUAUCGAUAACAUUACUUCUGGUACUGAUUGCCUAUUCGUCGAAGGAGCAUCUGCAGUUCAUCCAUCAUCAGUGGCCAAGGUGACUUUCGACGAGAAUAAAUCAAAAGUAGCCGACUUCAAUAUUAUUUGGUCCUCUUCACCGGAUAGUUUAAAAUAUAGUUCGUACAUCAGUGAGCCUGAGUUGAUUGAAUUCCCAACUGAAGUUCCUGGUCAAAAUGCUUAUGCAUACUUUUAUCCACCAUCGAAUCCUACAUACCGAGCCAUUGAAGGAGAAAAGCCUCCACUAUUGUUGAAGAGCCAUGGAGGACCAACGGCUGAAGCGCACGGAGUUUUAAAUUUGAGCAUCCAGUACUGGACUAGUCGGGGUUGGGCAGUCGCCGAUGUUAAUUACGGUGGCAGCACUGGUUAUGGAAGAGAGUACAGGGACCGGCUUUUAGGACGCUGGGGAAUAGUGGAUGUCAACGACUGUUGUAGCUGUGCUACAUAUUUGGCGGACAACGGAAAAGUUGACAGGGAGAGGCUGUGUAUAACAGGGGGCUCUGCUGGUGGAUAUACUACCUUAGCCGCACUUGCUUUUAAAGAUACUUUUAAGGCCGGUGCAUCUUUGUACGGUGUAGCCGACUUGAAGUCAUUGGUAGAAGAAACUCAUAAAUUUGAAUCUCACUACAUCAAUAAUCUAGUUGGAGCUGAUGAGAAGGUGUGGUUCGAUAGAUCCCCGAUCAAUCACGUUGAUAAGUUUUCUUGUCCGAUUAUUUUAUUUCAAGGAUUGGAAGACAAGGUUGUGCCGCCAAGUCAAGCUCGCUUAAUUUACGAGGCUUUGAAGAAAAAAGGUGUGCCAGUUGCUCUUGUUGAGUAUGAAGGAGAACAACAUGGUUUCCGAAAGGCUGAGAACAUUAAGUAUACACUUGAACAACAAAUGGUUUUCUUCGCGCGAUUGAUUGGAGGCUUCAAUGUUGCUGAUAACAUUGUUCCCGUCAAAAUUGACAACUUCGAUUGA